ACCGUCCAUCCGUACUUUCUCUCGGUUACACCAUGCCUCGCACUGGUGCGGGACAGCUCGGAAGCUCAAGACCUUAGCCUCACCGGAUAAGAAAGCGGCGAAGAGGUUUGUCUGGAAGCCCGCCACGAGUGUACGCAAGAGAAGAGGCGACAUGGCUCUCCUCCUCCCUUCUCUCUCCUUCCUUCCUCCCUCUUCUCCUUCUUGUCUCUGGGCUCCUUCUAUUCCCAUCAAAGCUAAUCCAUGUAAAAUCUCUGGGUGUUUCGCAUUGAGGUUGCACCAGAAAGGCCUCUUUCAAAGGAGGUCUUUAAAUGGAGUCAGCAUUCCUGCUCCUUUUCCUUUUGGGGAGAAGAGGUCACUGAUCACUCGUGCUUCCUCAGAGACUGAUGGAAAUGAUGGAAGUGAACUUGUUCCACCAUCUGAAGGGGCAGCAGAGGCUAUAUCAGUGGAGAACCUUCCUUUGGAGUCAAAAUUGCAGAUGAUGCUUGAGCAGAAGAGAAGGAUGAAGCUGGCCAAGAAGAUAAGGCUUCGCAGGAAGAGGCUUGUACGGAAGCGGCGGAUGAGGAAGAAGGGCAGAUGGCCACCAUCGAAGAUGAAGAAGAACAAGAAUGUCUGAUCCAUGUUGGAUCACCUUGCAGCUCCUGGGUGGACAGCUGACAUUUUGGGCCGUCCUCUGCAUCCAAGUGUUGGUGGAGUCUAAACUGUUCAGUUUUGUAUCACAUAAAAACUAUUUGAUUUAAUGCUCCAAAGGAAUAUGGUAUGUCAAAAUACUCUAGUCUAAAGUGGUUUCCAUACUCGUUCUUUUGUUAUCUAUUUUUUGGGUUGUUUUUUUUGUUCUUUAACUCUGUAGAGAUCUAGCACCUAACCUCGAAUAAAACAACACUCUUCUUUUUC